CUAGAUGCCCCUUCGGCUGUCAGUCCGGCCAGUGGCGGUGGGUCGUGCGGGUCACUGAACGCGCUACCGCACCACCCGCGGUACCACUCGACGCUGGCCCCGCUGUACCGGAAGUCGUCCAGUCCGGGCCGCCAGUGGCCGGUAGUGGCAGGCUCCGUGGGGCAGCGCUCCGCUGGGCAGCGCUUCCCGAAGGCGACCCGGACACCGGGCCUGUCACGGCCCGCGAACCUGCGGGCAGGCGACGGGCGGCGCAGCUCGGCGGCCGGUGUAGUGGUGUCGCAACGACCCCCGCUGCCGCCGAAGAUCGAGCUCCGGAGCCACAGCUACGAUGGGCUGCUGGAUGACUCAUCGCGGCCAGCGGUACGGCGCCCACGGAAACCGAUUCCCGGAACAGCCACCCUGACAGCCGAGGGACACGAACUGGUGGAUGGUGGCGAUGGGGCACCAUCAGCCGAUGAACACGAUCACGAUCGGUCAAGCUUCCGCCGGGUGCCGGAUGUGGCAGGCACGGCCGAAGCGAGUGACACGAAGAAGAGCACCAACCGGAGGUCACGCAGCAUGGACGAUCUGUUCGACGCGGAGGAACAGCCGGGUGGGGCCGACUCGUACCUCGACAACACGCAGAGCAUGGAAACGCUGCUCGCCGGCGGGGCGAGUGAGCGGGACAGCCCGCCGCCGGAAUCACCCGGCAGUCCUCCGCCGUCGCUCGGUGGAGGAAACAUUUGCCUCAACCGGCGCUUCGUCCGCGACGAGCCGGAAGAGGAGCCACUGUGCGAGAAGGAAACCAUCACGGUGGACAGCACGCCCCGACAGUACGAGCCGGACGAGGAAGAGGAUGGCCACUCGACGCACUCGUCGCUCGCGUCCACAUCCGGCGCGUCCGGCGAGAAGGAGGCGAAGAAGCCGACCCAGAAACCGUUGAUGCGGUACGUCGCGAAGAAGGUGAAGUCGCUCAUGAAGAUGUGACGAGCUCGAAUACGCGAACACGAAACGAUCAUCAUCACCAUCAUCAUCAUCAUCAUCACGACCCAAAGGGAUUUCCCGGAACCGACGCAAGCGGUCCUUAGUCCUUCGCCCUGCCAUCCACGCAGUAUGCAGUAUCUCUGGACGCGUCUAGCGUCGUACGGUUUGUUAAGAUUGUAUUUAAGUUAAGUGCACGCUUUGAGGGACCCAUCCCGGGCCAUUGACUUAACACUACAGUAGUCGCUUAGCAUGUAAAUUUGUGCCCGAGAUAGGAAGAGGACCUAUCCUUAGUGGCAAUCACGAUCACGCUCUACUAGCAUCGUACUCUAGGGUUGUGGUGUGCGUUGUUUGUGACACGCUGACCACCACUAACUGUGUUUUGUUGUUUCCUGUAACUUUUUGGUAUACAUCGACUUGUGAUUAGUUUCGCGCUUCGCUGCGAGAUGUUGGAUGAGUGUAAAAUAUAUUAUUUAGCUGAGGUUGAGGGCGCGAUCGCGGCUACUCGACUCGGAGUAGAGGAAACGUUAGAAAAGGCCACGCUGGCCGGUGGCUGUGCCUCGCCGAGAUGAGAACGCGAGCCAACGGGAGAUAGAGAGAGAGAGAGAAAGAGAGAAAGCAAGUAGAACGAUAUGCCUUACGAUGUUUAUAGUUUUUUUUCUCUUCGAGCAUAUUGUGUGAUGUAAAUAUAUCUCUUCUACAGUAACUACCGCA